AAUAUUAUGACGUCACAAUACGACAUUGAAUUGGACACUAAGCUAAAUUUAGGUGUGUAAUAAUAUUACUAAUUUUCUAAGAUAAACAAAUGAAUAAAUCGUGGGUAUUUAUGGUGGCGUGGCGAGAUAAUUCAGUAGGUUAUAAACCACUGUGGUUAAACACGGGCGACACAAUAUAUAUAAAUAUAUUGCCUUGUACCGACAAUUACGUCUCCUAAUGCAACAAAGUGAGUUAUGGUACAAACAGACAACGAAUCCACCUAAUAAAAAAAAUGGUUCGAAUCGUCCGAUAUAAUGUGUCUGAUGAUGCGCGCAAUUCUUUGGCGUAUUACAACCAUGCGGGCGUUGUAACGAGGCUUAAAAAGGCGCUUUUUUAACCCUAAACUAGCUGUAACAAUCAUGGUUAAUUUCGAACCCCGGAUCAGAUAUUUGCAUAUUACGUAAAACAUCACCUUUAUUCUAUAACCAUAGCUAUUGUGACGUCACACGACGUUUACAAUUACAAUACGGUAACGUAUUUUAUCAGAUUUGUUUUGCUUUGGGUGGAAUUAAAACGAAUAAAAUGUAAAUUGAUUGCAAAUAAUUAAUUAUGUUUCUAAUAUAGUGUAAUGGCCGAUAGUAGCGCCAAAAGUUAUGUCACCUAUUGCGCUGUUUUAGCGUUUUUAUCGUCGGUUUUAACUUUUGAGGCGUUUAGACAGAACAGCUGGGGAAAAUGGAAAAAGAACUCUGCGGUUUCGAAUUGCCUCCCCUUACCGCCACCUAUCGGAUGUUCAGAGUUAUACGGGACCCGAAACGUCCUGGAUGCCCAAGACACUGAUUUUGCGUGGUUGGCUCUGAUAGCGUGUAUACUAUCUUUAUGUACAAUGGUGACGUCAGUAUUAAUGCUUGGAAACCCCCGCCUAGCAAUCGUGACGUCACAAUACACAUUGCAACCAAAGACGCUGUUAUGGGCGUACCUUACUGCAGCAAGCAUUAGCUUCCUAACCUGUGUGAUCGCUACCUUUCGCAUCGGGGUUGUGGCUUCGCAACGUAGGAAGCAAGGAGUGUUCGCUGUGGCUGGCGUGUCUGCCGUCAACUCUACGUCAUAUUAUUUCAGCGCCAUCGCCACUUUAUCCUCGGCACUAGCUGCUUACGUCAUCACGCUUACGUCACAGGGGGAAUCCCCGAGUUGCGGGAAACUUUCGAAAACUGUAAAACAGCAUAUUGCUCGUAACCUGAUGUACCCUGACGAUCAACGCAGCACAAAGAUGGUGACUUUCUCCAGUAUGGAACAAAGCAUGGAAGAAGUGGCCGCGGAGAUUUGUGUGAAGGCUGUGGUUAAGUAUGGGCUGGAGGAAGAUAUUGCUGAGCAUAUUAAAACGACAUUCGAGGCACGAUUUGGCCAAACCUGGCACUGUGCGGUUGGUUCAAACUUUGGCAGUGCCAUACAUCACAUAACGAACGAAUACAUCGAAGUCUCUAUGCCACAAGUGUCUGUGCUGUUGUUUAGAUGCAGCAUACCCAACAGUGGCGAUCAUGACGUCACAACACACGCUACCUCCACUGAUUUAACGUAACAAUAA